UGCAUGCGUUGGUUGUGCUCGCUUUGCCGCAUUUUCUGUCGUAAUAGACAGUUUUUGGAGAGGCAUCAAUAAGUAAAUUGACUGGGGCCAAUUUUGUUUUCUUCAAUCAUAGUUCGAUUUCUUAAUGAAAAUGUCCAUUGUUGUUGGAUGGAGUUGAAUAUACAGUACCAAUGGCUACAACGGAGCGUUGUCUUGUUGCGAGUACUAAUAGAAGGUAUAAAGCUACUCAUGCUUGUGGCGGAGCUUCGUCGGUUUUGCUUCGAGAUGGAAUGACUAGAGCACCUGUUGUUAGGUUUUCAUCUGCUAAAAGAGCUGCUCAGUUGAAGAUUUACUUGGAAGAUCCACUCAAUUUUGAUGCUCUUUCUCUCACUUUCAACAAGUCAAGUAGAUUUGCUAGAUUGCAGAGCAUUCAGCCUGCUAUUGCUGGCAAGAAUUUGUACAUUAGAUUCUGUUGCAGUACAGGUGAUGCCAUGGGGAUGAACAUGGUAUCAAAAGGUGUUCAAAAUGUCCUUGAUUUUCUUCUAAAGGAUUUCCCUGACAUGGAUGUCAUCGGAAUCUCUGCAGGAAAUUACUGUUCCGACAAGAAAGCGGCGGCUGUGAACUGGAUAGAAGGGCGUGGUAAGUCUGUGGUGUGCGAGGCUGUAAUUAAGGAAGAGGUGGUGAAGAAAGUGUUGAAGACUAAUGUGGAGGCAUUGGUUGAGCUAAACAUGCUUAAGAACCUAACUGGCUCAGCCAUUGCUGGUGCUCUUGGAGGGUUCAAUGCUCAUGCUAGCAACAUUGUGUCUGCUAUCUACUUAGCCACUGGUCAAGAUCCUGCUCAAAAUGUGGAUUACCAUGAUGGCAAGGACCUUCACAUUUCUGUCACCAUGCCUUCCAUUGAGGUCGGUACUGUGGGAGGAGGAACACAACUUGCAUCUCAGUCAGCUUGUCUUAAUUUACUUGGUGUGGAGGGUGCCAGCAAAGAUUCUCCCGGCGCAAACUCUAGGCUACUGGCAACCAUUGUAGCCGGUUCAGUCCUCGCCGGGGAACUAUCACUCAUGUCUGCAAUUGCAGCUGGGCAGCUAGCUAAGAGUCACAUGAAAUACAACAGAUCUAGCAAGGAUAUCUCCAAAAUCGUCUCAUGAGCUGGCCACAUACAACGCAAUAAUAAACUUGUAGAGGGGUAUAUAGUUAUAGUUAACUUUCAAAAGGACUAUUGGUGGUGGCCAAGGGUGAAUAAAAAAUGAUGAUUGGCAUCUCUUUUCAAUAACAAGAGCAUGUGGUAAGAACCAAAUAAGAAAAACUUGAACACCUAGUCCAUGUGUGACAUUGUCUUUUAUGAGAUUGUACAAAUGGGUUGAAUAAAAAAAUGGAGACAAACAAAUAGCUAAACUUCGGCUCUAGUUCUAUUCUUUUGUUUUGCUUUAAUUUUUUCUGUACUGUGUCAUUCUGACAUAGAAAGCUAUUACCUCAAAGAUUCAGUAUUUCAGUGUGUGUGUGUGUGGAGUAUUUUGCUUUGUUGUUGUAAUCUCCAAGUUCCGGUAAAUUUGUAACUUUAGCAAGAGCUGAGAUAUCAAUGAAAUGUAGUUGUUGUUGUUAAUAAUCUCUGGUUGUCUUUUGGUGCUUGGCAUUUGGGAUGUUGUGCAAAUAUUUUAGAUCGGUUUUUCCGAAAUAAUUUUCCUAGAGAUUCUUAGACAAGAGAGUUUUAAGGGAUAUUCAUGUGCCGGUGUAUCUUAAACGUGAUGCUUCUGCCCAAAAUUCUUGAAUAUAAUUCAAUUUUUUAUUGGAUUAAUCUUUUAUAUAUGUGUGUGAAUCGGAAGUAGUACCAAGAGAGUAAGGAAGAGUGUGAAGAAUGAUUUCAUCUUUCGGAUAUUUAUUUAUUUUUUCUUUUUUUUCUUUU